AUGUUUGUUAUUAUGUUGAUUCUCCUUGCAAUUGUUUCAAAAUGUAGCAGUCAGUUUUUCUUGUCGGAUGAUGAUGACUCGGAGGAAAGUGAUUCCAAUGAGAAUUCUGAUGAUUCAUUAUUUCCCGUGCCAAAAAUGAUCAGCAAUUUCGGCAGCAAUUUAUUCGGCAACAUGUUUUCAUCGGGAGACAAAAAACCCCCAAACCGUCGCGAAUCCAUUGUUCAAACAACAACAACUGAAGAGCCCAAUCGUGACGGGCGCUUAAUUUCAUCAUCCGCCUUCAAUAAAAUAUCCGAGACUUUAGGAGCUCUCAACACUGUCGGGCGCCUAAUUGUCAACAUGACACGCGGUCAAAGCGUUUCUCUCACGAAUAACAACGUCAAGCCAAGCGACAGUGUCCCAAAUGCCAUACUUACGCUCACAUCGAACGUCCUCGGGCAAAACUUAACGAAAAAAAUCGAGCCGUUCAUCAAACGAGAACCCGUCGUGACGCAACAAUUGCAACCCGUACAACAAAAACCGACUUAUUCCAUUGCCAAUUAUCACGACGAAGAUGUCGAGGAAACCACAACGAAGAAAGCCAAACGGAAAAACCCAAAGAAACAAACGAGUCAGUCGAAAAUCGAUCAAGUUCCGUCAGAAAAUGCACUUUUCGAUCCGAGUUUGUAUUUGUCGCCGAACGAAACGAAAGCAACUGCCGAUGCCGACGUGCAAGGAAAGGAAGGGGAACAUCGUUGCACGACUCCAGCAGGCAAACCAGGUCGUUGCGAAGACUUAAGUAACUGUCCGGGACUGUUAUUGAACCUUUCGCAUCUCCGCGAAUCACUUUGCUUCAAAAGUUUGUUCGUGCCCGGUGUUUGUUGUCCCUUGGAUGAGCUUUCGGAGGAUCCCGUGACUCAAAGACCGCAAAAAUUGACAACUGCACCGCCGCAUCGAACGACGACACGACAAACGUUGAUCCUGAAACCGACCUCGAGACGUCCUUUGGUGCCCGUUCAAACAAUUAGCAACGAAAAUCAGUCGCCGUCGCAGUCUUUGGUGCAAAGUGGUUUUGAAAAUUUCGUUGAUCCCGAGGAUUGUGGGCAACAGGAAGUCAAUUCGGGUCGAAUUGUAGGCGGAAAGAAGGCUCAAAGUGGUGAAUGGCCUUGGAUGGCUGCCAUAUUCUUACACGGCUCGAAACGCACUGAAUUCUGGUGCGGCGGAAGUUUAAUCGGCAAAAAGUACAUUUUAACAGCAGCUCAUUGCACGAGAGAUUCUCGUCAAAGACCUUUCGCUGCCAAUCAAUUCACUGUGCGCCUUGGAGACAUCGACCUCUUGAGUGACAAAGAAGAUUCCGCUCCAAUUACGAUAAAAGUCAAGGAAGUUCGGGCCCAUCCGAGUUUCUCCCGCGUUGGUUUCUACAACGACAUUGCCAUUCUCGUGUUGGAAGAAAAUGUUCGCAAAAAUAAAUACGUUAUCCCACUGUGUCUUCCUCAACCAACUCUGAAAAAGGCUCGUUUACCCGGAAGAAGAGCUACAGUCGUUGGAUGGGGCACCACAUAUUACGGCGGAAAAGAGUCAAAUGUACAAAGACAAGCGUUGUUGCCAAUUUGGCGCAAUGAGGACUGUAAUCGAGCGUAUUUCCAACCGAUUACGGAUAAUUUUCUUUGUGCCGGGUACAGCGAAGGAGGAGUUGACGCGUGUCAGGGCGACUCUGGAGGUCCAUUAAUGAUGGAAAUCGACGGAAGAUGGACCCAACUUGGAAUUGUAUCGUUUGGAAAUAAAUGCGGAGAGCCAUCAUAUCCAGGCGUUUACACGCGCGUUUCUGAAUACAUGGAUUGGAUACGUGAAAACACCCGAAACUAA